UGCUGAUGACCGGGGCAGUGUCAGGUUGAAGCAAAAGUUCCAGAGGGUCGAUCCUGUCCCCCUCUCCCUCUCUCCGUCUCUAUCUGCCUCCCUGAGGAGUCGGCUCCUCUGGUCUCUCCUGUGGAUCUCCUCCCUGCUCCUCUUCUCUGGGCCUCCCCGAUGUCUUAGCCUUCCACCUGCUCCCCCUUCAUCACCAGACCUCCUCCGAUCCCACCCUUUGGCGUGGGAUUCCCCUCCGAGACCAGCACCUUCUCCAGACCCUCUCCUGCUCUUCUCUCCGUCCAGAACCUUGGCUAGGCUUGUCCCUUUCCUUACCCGUCCCCCCCCGCCCUGAGAACAGGCCUCCCCAGCCUCUAGCGAGACUCCCCCCGACCCGGGCCCAACCGACCCGACCAGACCCGACCAGGACGAUGACGGAGAAGCUGGGCAGCGUGGAGGACGCCGGCGGCAUCAUGGCGCUGCUGGAGCGCGUGGCGGGCAUCAUGGACAACGUCAACGCCACGCAGCAGCGCAUGGAGGAGCGGCAGCUGGAGCUGGAGACCACGGUGAAGAGCAUCCAGGCGGACGUGGUCAAGCUGACGGGCGAGCACGCCGCCACCAGCGGCACCGUGGACCGGCUGCUGGACAAGACCCGCAAGGUCAGCUGCCACAUCAAGGAUGUACGCGUCCGCGUGGAGAACCAGAACCUGCGCGUCAAGAAGGUGGAGGCCACCCAGGCAGACCUCCUGGCCAAGAACAAGUUCAGAGUGGUCAUCUACCAGGGUGACCACGAAGUGAAGUCCGUCGCCCCCGGCAACGAGCCCUCCGAAGCCAGCGGCGGCAGAGCUAGCUCAAGGGCCGAGGUGGAACCUGACAAGUUUGAGCUGCCUCCGGAGUCAGACGAGGAGUACAUGGUGGUAGAGGAGGCAGACUCCGCCUCCGUCACCCGCGCCAAGAAGACCGGCCUGACCCGCAUCGAGAGCUUCAAGGCCACCUUCUCAAAGGAGAACAUGAGCAAGACCCGUGAGAACCUGGGCACCAAGGUCAACAAGCUGGGCGAGCGCAUCGUGACGGUGGAGCGGCGCGAGAAGAUCCGCCAGUCUGGGGAGCGGCUGAAGCAGUCUGGAGAGAGGUUCAAGGAGUCCAUGGCCAAUGUCCCUGCCAAGCUCAACCUUAAGAAGGAGCGGACAGUAGCUGAGGGCCAGGAGGGAGCGGAGGGAGGCGCCGACGGAGCCACACCCGUGCCUCCGCCCAAGGGCCGCAAGGGCAGCCCAGACAAGGAGGCCGCGGACGGGGCCAAGGCAGAGGCGUCCGAGGUCCCCAUGUACGACAUGAAGCAGCUGGCGUAAAGCGCAACGGCCGAUGCAACAACUGGGUGUUGUGUUUCCCUUGGACUAUUGUGACAACAAAAGAGAGGAUGAAAGUAUGUGUUUUAUGGUCGAUUCUCCCUGGCCAAGCUUUGGAAAUGAAAAUAUUAAAUGAUCUAUUUUUCUGUUCAGUUGAAAGAAGCCUCCAGUUAGAGAGGAAGUGACAUUGGGCCGGUUCAAACAUCCGACUGGCGGCAACGGCAAGAACGGACACCCACUGAAGUAUAGGUCUACCAUAAGGCGUUGUUAUUCUUUCAGACAUAGUUCUAGUCUCUGUUCUGAUAUGUGUCUACAGUUGACAUUAUGGUUAAUUUAUUAUUAUUAAAUAUUUGUUAAAUUUUUCGUUUACAAACUGCUAAUUAAACAAAUACAAUAACAACAGAGAGAGCGAGAGAAAGAAGCAUCUGGAGUUUGUCAAAGGUUUCAGUUGUUAUGUUUAUGUAUGUUUGAACAAUGACAAGAUGUUAGAGCUUUAAACAGUUCUAAUGAAGAGUGGGUAAGUUAUGAUGGUAUAUGAUGGGAAUGUUGAUUUUGUCAGGGGGCUGUAAAAGUAAAGUUUUGCACUCGCGAAAUGUGAAAGAUAGAAUGCAUUAGAUAUUUCAGGUUGCAAUUAUACAUUUAAAAGCUGUACUAUGAGGAAUUUGUAGAGAACUAAUUUGGCCAGUUUUCCGAAAAUUACAAAGAUAAACUGUUAUGGUAAAAAUAAUGAAUACUAAGAAUAAAGACUAAGAACAUGUUA